AUGGGUCAACAAAAUUCAAAAUUAACAAAGAGUGACAUCGAGUUUAUCGGUAAAAAUUCAAAUUUCUCAAAAGAAGAAGUUGCCAAUAUCUAUGGAGAGUUCAAAAAAUUUGAUAAAGACGGAAAUGGUAGUUUUGAUAGAAAAGAAUUUGUUUUAUUCUUUAAAAGUAAACUUCCAAACUAUCCAGAAGAUAAUUUAAAUAAAUUAUUUGACGCUUUUGAUUCUGAUAAAAGUAACACAAUUGAUUUCAAAGAAUUAACUGUUGCAUUAUCCAUUAUUGGUAAAGGUUCAGCUGAAGAUAAAUUAAAGGUUCUCUUUGAUAUUUAUGACAAAGACAAGUCUGGAAUUUUAGAGAAAAAAGAAGUUGAUGAAAUGAUUGCUUUAAUGAAAAAUGUUGGUGUGUCUUUGGGUAAAUCACCAGGAGAUAUCGAAUUAUUUAUUGUUAAAUUAUUUGAAAAGAUUGAUAAAGAUAAAAACAAUUUAAUCUCUAGAGAAGAAUUUUUAACUGAAGGUGCCAGAUCACCAUCACUCCUUACCUUAUUAGGCAUUUAA